GAAAAGAUAUGAGUGGUGGUAUCUACGAGCUCGUGCAAGGUGUUAGAGUAUGUUACGGGUAGAGAUUAGAAGAUGUUCUGCUUUAUAAAUGCCCUUUAUGUUCAAGGACCUUAUCUCCUGUUUAGACAUUCCUCAAUUCCGUUUAGUCUAUCUCUAUCUGUUCGUCUUCUUGACUUUUUCAACGAUAUCAAACAAGAUUUUACUCGACUUUGAACCAAUGUGUGGUUUAAUCGAUACCCAAUGCAACCAUUGAUUACAACUCAUAGAUUAUUUUAUUUGAAAUGUCGAAAAAUAUUUAAUAUAAAAUAAAAUAAUUCUAAUUUUAAUUAUCAAUUGAUCGUUACAGGACAUUUUGUUGGUUUUGUUUUCUUUUUUUUUUUUUUUUAAUAUUUGUAACAUAUUACUCCGUAUGUUGUUUUUUGUAAAAUUACAAUUGUCUAUAGUAACAUAGAGAAGAAUUUAAUUUCAACAACGUACGAGUGUGUUCCUCUUCUUUUUUUUUUUUUUUUUUUUUUUUUACAAAUGUAUAAAAAAACGAGUAAAUGUAUAAUAAACGAGUGUGUCAAUUAAUACGAAAUUAAAAUAACGACGAAUGCAUUAAACGAAUACCACGAACUUUCGAUGAAUUAAUAAAAUUUAUUUUUUUCUUUAACUACUUGUUUGUUAUCUCUGUGUAUGGUGCGUGCAUUAAAAAAAAAAAAAAAAAAAAUUUAUGAAUGAAAAAUAUUUAUUCGAUGAAUGAACCGGCUUACAAUGAAAAUCUUAAGAGAAAAUGAAGACGCGUAAAUGUGUUAGAUUUUCUGAAAGAAAAAUAAAAAGGUCGUAAAACAAAUUCUGUGAUUCGAAGAACUUUAAUUUUCUUACAUACGUUAACGCGAUAGUUUCUACAAAACUUUACUGAUUCACAGCGAUCGAGUCGUUGACAUUUACGUGGAACAUGCGCAUGCGCGUUGUGAUGUCAACAAUUCUUAGCUCGGCGCGAGUAUCACGUUCUGUGAAACAUCGCACAUGUAACGAUCGAAGAAUGAAUUACUUUUUUUCGAUAUUAAGUGACAGUGAUUACGUCGACUUUUGAUAAUAUUUCAUUAUCUACAAGGGAUAGUUGUGAAAUAAAGAAAAAUGGCUGGGCAACAGCAUCCCUUCCCAUCUGGAUUUCCAAAUGUGCAACAAUCUGCAAUGCGAACACAAUUUGGAGGAGGACAAAUGGUUUCUGGUUUGAUGGGACCUCAACAAGGUGGUAUAGUGAGUCCACAACAAUUUGGAGUAGGUGUUGGCGUUGGAGUUGGAGUUGGAGGAGUAGGUUCUAAUGCUAUGGGAAUGCCAAAUGCUCAACAAGUUUUGGCCCAGCAACAACAACAACAACAAUCAGUUGCCAUGCAACAACAAAUGCAACAGAUGCAACAACAACAAUUGCAAUUACAGCAACAACAGCAAGCAGCUCUUGUACAACAAAGUAAUCAGACUAGUAAUCAAGCUACUACGCCACAAACACCUGUCCCACCUACACAACCUCCUCCUCAACAGCAGCAGAACAAAGAUUUUAAUACUGCCAGCUUGUGUAGAUUUGGACAAGAGACUGUACAAGAUAUUGUAAGUCGUACUUUAGAUGUUUUCCAAACGCUGAAAGUACUGCAACCACCAAAUGGCACACCACAAGGAGCUAGCGUAGCCAAUGAUAAAAAGACUAAAGUGCAAGAACAGUUACGAAUGUUAAAAUUAUUAUUCAAACGUUUAAGAUUAAUCUAUGAAAAAUGCAAUGAAAAUUGCCAACUUCAAGGAAUGGAAUAUACACACAUUGAAAGUCUGAUACCAUUGAAAGAAGAAUGGGAUAUGAAAUCUGAUGAGAAAAAAACAUCAGAAGCAUAUAGAUUAGCAUAUGAAGAAAGUAAAGAGAUCACAGAGCAAGUUGUGUUAAAAAAUAGGCACCUUAAGGAAAUCAUUGAUCAUUUAAGACGUAUCAUUUCAGAAAUAAAUACUAUGCUAAAUAUGCGUAGAUCUUAGAUCACGAAAUGUAUAUACUUAUUUAAGUUACAAUAGAUUACUAUUAUAUGAUAAAAAAAUACUUAUAUCAUAA